AUGAGUUUGAACGAACAUUCAAUGCAGGCUCUGUCAUGGAGAAAAUUGUAUUUGAGCCGGGCAAAGCUGAAGGCUACAAGUCGUACUUCAGCGCUUUUAUCUGGAUUCGCAAUGGUUGCCAUGGUGGAGGUACAGCUGGAAAGGGAUAUCACAUAUCCUCCAGGUUUGCUGAUAGCUUUCAGUGCUUGCACUACAGUGCUAGUCGCAGUACAUCUCUUUGCACUUAUGAUUAGUACCUGCAUCCUUCCUAAUCUCGAGGCAGUCAGCAAUGUUCACAAUCUCAACUCUGUGAACGAGUCUCCCCACGAGCGCAUGCACCGCCACAUUGAACUGGCUUGGGCUUUUUCCACUGUCAUCGGCACCCUCCUCUUCCUCACAGAAGUGAUGCUUCUCUGCUGGGUCAAGUUUUUACCUCUGAAGAGCAAGACUAAAAACGACACCAUAAGCUCUGGCCAAGCUGCAGCGAUCGCGUCCACUUGUAUAAUGGUACCUUUUGGCUUGGUUUUUAUUGUGUUUGCCGUUCACUUUUACCGCACACUUGUCAGUCACAAAACAGACCGGCAGAUCCGAGAGCUGGAGCAAGUUAUUCGGUUGCAGAACCAACUGGACCACAGGACGGAAAAUGAUGACCUGAAGACUGUUGACCAUUUUGCUUAA